GCUUUAUCCAAUUCGCAUAUACAAACAUACUUACACACACGUGUGGUGUCAGUCACUGUGUCCAUCCAUCCACCCACCCUCCCAUCCUCCGGCUACGUGUCCAGGUCCCAUGCAUCUGGUUGCCUGUUGUUUGCCUGGCUGUUCCCCUGGCAGCUGCCUCCGUUCAUCUCCACCCCGCCCUCUAUCCUGUCGCCCAGAAUGUCCACACCCUCGUCGGGCGUGAAGUCGUGCGGGGGAGAUGUCGGCAGACGCGCCGUCAGAAUCUGUACCCCUGCACACAGACACGGAUGUCCAUCCACAAUUGACAAGAGGAGAUAGAUGCAAUCCAAUCGAUGCGUUGGUGAUCCGAUCCUAUGUCGUACCGGUUUCCGUGAUGAGCAGUGUGUGUUCGAACUGUGCUGAGCGUUUGCCGUCGACUGUCACGGCUGUCCAGUCGUCGGGCCACGUCCGGUCCUUCCAUGUACCUGGACACACACACACCAAACCAACGACACACACAGAUCAAGGCAGGGAGGGACCUUUCUGCGUGCGUAAGGUAAUCUUAGCUCCUCCCCCCUCCCCUCCCCCAUCCCAUCCUCCCACUGCACUGACCCAUGUUGAUCAUGGGCUCGAUCGUGAAAGUGUGGCCGGGCUUCAUCAGGCCUACCUGAAUCGAAUGAGCAACAAGGUGAGUGCAGUGUAGUGCACAUCCCAUCCUUAUCAGGACAGGCCGGUGUCCGUCUGUGUGCCCACCGCUUUGUUCUUAGCGUAGUGCGGCACGUUGGGUGCGGUAUGGAAGAGGUUGCCGAUGCCGUGGCCGCAGUAGGACCGGACCACCUGCAGCCCGUACCUCGCGGCCGUCCUCUGGAUCACGUUGCCAACCUCACGGUACAUCAUGCCCGGCUUGCACUGCACGAACGAGGACAGACAAACAGACAGACAGUACACACACGGAGAGAGGGGGAUGUGUGUGAUGAUGGCUUGGCUGCACGUGUGUGUGCGUGUGGCUGCUCCGCUCACCAGCCUGAUUGCGUCCAUUAGGCAAGCGUAGGCGCCCCUGACCUGCACAGACAGACAGACAGACAGACAGAGAGGCGCAUGGGCGUGGCGUUUGUCCGUGUGUGUAUUGUAUGUGUUGGCCGCCCGGCUGCCGACUGACUGACUGACCAGUUUGUGCGAGUCUUUGUCGACCUUGCCGACGAAAUACGUCUCGUUGAGGUCACCUACACGACACGCCCGCACCCACUCUCUCGUUGCUGAAUGGCUGCCUACCCCACACCCAUGGCCUGCCUGCCUGGGAUGUCUGGGAUGUCUACCUACCUACCGUGCAUUCCUUUGUAGAAGACGGUGAUGUCCACAUUGACUAUAUCACCCUCCUCUAAUGGCCUGAAUGACGAAGGGGGAGAGAUGUUUGUUUGUGUGUGUACGAGCUGAGCUGCCUCAGGCCGGCCACCUGGUGUCUGGGACGCCGUGGCAGAUGACCUCGUUCACAGAGCUGCGUACAUUACAUUCACACACACACAGGCAACAGGCAGGCCACCAGAUGGAUGGGGCGCCCGUCGUCUCCCUCCAUCUUUGCCAUUCGUCGCGUGCUCACUCACGUGCAGCAAGACUUCUUGAAGUGCAUGUAAUUGAGUGGAGAGGGGUAGCCAUCCCGCGACACAAUGAACCAGUGCACCUGCAAUGCGACACACACUAUUCCAGCACUAGUGUAGGCUGGCUGAGCCUAGCGGGCUAAGUACGUGUCGGUGGUCAGUCAGCAGAUUGGUUACCUUUUCGUCGAUUUCGUCACAGGUGACGCCGGGCCUGAUGAGGCUGUGGGCGUAGUCGAGCGCCUCACGCCCUAGGCGGCACGACUCACGCAACCUCUGACGGACGGAGGAUCCGAUCCACAUGCACCACACGACACAGAUGCAAUCCAGUAGGUAGGUAGGCAGGCCCUCACCCCACGGCCCGCCGCACCUGGAUCUGCUCUUCUGUCUUAAUCUCUAUGCCAGGCUUCUGACGAGCCAUCUCCUCACUCAGAGGUAUGCCUGACACACACACACACACACACACACACACACGUGGCAACGAGUUGAACGGAAUGAGUGCACCAGACACCCGGACAGAGACUGACCUUUCUCGGCAUAGUCUGGCCGCUCGAUGUGUGUGGGCACUUGUCUCCUCGGCGAGAUGGGCCAUGGCCUCAACGGCCCAGAGAAAAUAUAACCACAGAACACACUGCCACGCAUCCACCCCAUCCCACCCCACAGUCAGUUCUAAAAGGAGGUGUGCCUUGCUUCGACUCCUCUCCCUCCCUCACCGACCGCAUGUGCUCAUCGGUCCUCCAUGGGACACCUCCCGUGACCUCAUCGUCCUUGAUGGCACUGACAGCAUGAUCCGCCGCAGCUGACACAGCCAAUGCCCUCUCCGCUGCCUUGUGCACCUUCUUGUGCUUGGCCCAGCUCUCACGGAAACACUCCUGACCUGACACACACGCGCACACACACACAUUCAGACACGAAAGAGGAGGUGUCAUGACUGUCUGUCUGCUUGUGUUGUGCACCUAACCUACCGCAGAAGAUGGCCUGUGGGAGGUCCAGUUUGAUGCAGGUGGGGCAUGACAUUGUCGACUCUGUCAUUUUGCCGCAUCCCGCGCAGGCCUUGCCCUCUGCUGCUGCUGGACCAUCUGCCGCACCUCCAUUCAUCGCAGCAGCGGCAGCUGGAGAUGAUCUCUCCACGUCAGCCAUUUGAAUCAACAACCUGGUGAUGGCCGCAUGAGGAGAUCUCUCAACAGAUUAUGGCAAAACGUUGCUCCGGUGGUUGAACACAAGCAAGAACGUCGGAAAAAAGAG